UUAUCUAUGGGUGCCCGACCGCCGUUAUGUUUUAUCUUUGACAUUUCUUUUCCUUGUCAAGCAAAAUGGCGGAUCAGACUGAGCGUUCAUUCCAAAAGCAACCGACGGUGUUUUUGAACCGUAAGAAGGGCAUUGGUGUGAAACGUAGCCGCAAACCCCUCAGAUACCACAAAGACGUGGGACUCGGUUUCAAAACGCCGCGUGAGACAGAGAAAGCGUUUCAGAAACAGGCAACGGUGUUCCUCAACCGUAAAGGAGGGUUGAAGAGGAAGGAUAUGAGACAUCAUAAGAAUGUCGGUCUAGGUUUCAAGACGCCGCGUGAGGCAAUUGAAGGCACAUACAUUGACAAGAAAUGCCCCUUCACUGGCAAUGUGUCUAUCCGAGGCCGUAUCCUUACCGGAGUCGUGCAGAAGAUGAAGAUGCAGCGCACCAUUGUCAUCCGCCGUGAUUACCUUCACUAUGUCAAGAAGUACAACAGAUUUGAGAAGAGACACAAAAACAUGUCUGUGCAUCUCUCGCCUUGCUUCAGGGACGUUGAACUAGGAGACAUCGUGACCAUCGGUGAAUGCAGACCCCUCUCCAAAACUGUCAGAUUCAAUGUCCUUAAGGUGUCCAAAGGCAAGGGCUCCAAGAAGUCAUUCAAAAAAUUCUAAUGUAAUAAAGUUACUUUAUAAGUAAAA